GUCCUGGCCUUGCUACAUAAAAUGUCUUAUUUUUUUCCAGUGUUUUUUCAAGAUGUCUACAGUCCAUGAAAUUCUAACCAAACUCAGCCUUGAAGGAGAUCAUUCUCUCCCUCCAAGUGCCUAUGCCACAGUUAAGGCAUACUCAAACUUUGAUGCUGACAGAGAUGCUGCUGCCCUUGAAACUGCCAUCAAGACCAAAGGUGUGGAUGAGGUCACCAUCGUCAAUAUUCUGACAAACCGCAGCAAUGAACAGAGGCAGGACAUCGCCUUUGCCUAUCAGAGGAGAACUAAAAAGGAACUUUCUGCAGCACUGAAAUCUGCUCUGUCAGGACACUUGGAAACUGUGAUUUUGGGCCUGUUGAAGACACCAGCUCAGUAUGAUGCUUCUGAACUGAAAGGUGCCAUGAAGGGUCUGGGAACUGAUGAAGACACUCUCAUAGAGAUCAUCUGCUCGCGGACAAAUCAGGAGCUUGCUGAAAUUAACAGAGUCUACAGGGAAAUGUACAAGACAGAACUGGAAAAGGACAUUGUGUCAGACACAUCAGGAGACUUCCGCAAACUGAUGGUUGCCCUAGCAAAGGGUAGAAGAAGUGAGGACGGUUCGGUGGUUGAUUAUGAACUUAUUGAUCAAGAUGCCAGAGACCUUUAUGAUGCUGGUGUGAAGAGGAAGGGAACCGAUGUUCCUAAGUGGAUCAACAUUAUGACUGAAAGAAGCGUUCCCCACCUCCAGAAAGUGUUCGAGAGGUACAAGAGCUACAGCCCAUAUGAUAUGUUGGAGAGCAUCAAGAAGGAGGUCAAGGGAGACCUGGAAAAUGCCUUCCUUAAUCUUGUCCAGUGCAUUCAAAACAAGCAGUUAUACUUUGCUGAUCGAUUGUACGACUCCAUGAAGGGCAAAGGAACCCGUGACAAGGUCCUGAUCAGGAUUAUGGUGUCCCGCAGUGAGGUUGAUAUGCUGAAAGUUAAGAGCGAAUUCAAGAGGAAGUAUGGAAAAUCCCUCUAUUAUUUCAUCCAGCAAGACACAAAGGGUGAUUACCAAAAGGCACUGCUCAACCUGUGUGGAGGAGAGGAUUGAAAAUCAUCACAGAAGACAUCCCUGUCCAGAGAUAUGCUUUUAUGCUCUUUAUCUUUACAUAAUCCUAGAAAAUUGACUUGCCUAGCUAACUUUGGCUUGCCUUCAUAUAUGCAAGACCAGUGGUAUUGUAUGCUUUCUUGUACUUCUCUAGAUGGCAGUGCGUUGCUUGGCUUUACCAAAGUUCUUAUAAGCAAGAGGCCAAAGAAAUGAACAUUCCAAGGUCAAAGAGGUAUUUGUGAAAGAUUCUGUCUCUUUGUGUAACGUUCCUAUUAAAAUACAAAUAAAACUGAAUUUUUACUUUAAGAAAACUA